AUGGCACUAUUUAAUAGGCAGGACCCGCAGCAUGUCAACCCUUCUGAUCUUAUUGGGGAUGAGGGGCAAUUGAAGAUAGAUGAUUCCUCAAAUAUCCUGGCUUUGAAGGGCUUUGUGUCUGAAACCUUCCAAAUGUUCUCUGAAAUGCUGAGGAGGAAAUUUUGUCACUGUGGUGUCCUACGGUUUAAACCUCUUUGGGUAUUUGUUUGCACAGUUGGAAUCUGGUGUUACAUCACAAUUCACCAGAAACCAACCUACCAAGAUUAUGAACAUUUGGAAUUGACUGGUGAAUAUCCCAAUAGGAUAAACUGUUCCAAGAUACUGAAAGGUGACACAGAGGAAAUUCAAAAGGUAAAACUUGAGCUGUUAACAGUUUCCUUUAGGAGGACCCCAAAGGUGACUGCAAAUGACUAUAUCAACAUGACAGUUGAUUGUGCCUCCUUUAUUAAGGGGCGGAAAUAUAUUAUGGAACCUCUUAGCAAAGAAGAAGCAGAAUUUCCCAUUGCAUAUUCAAUAGUGGUUUAUCAUAAAAUUAGUAUGCUUGAGAGGCUUCUGAGAACCAUAUAUGCUCCUCAGAACUAUUACUGCAUUCAUGUUGACAAAAAGUCCCCAGAGUCUUUCUUGACAGCUGUAAAAGGAAUUGCAUCAUGUUUUCACAAUGUCUUCAUUGCCAGCCAACUGGAGAGUAGUGUAGUGUAUGCAUCCUGGAGCAGGGUGCAAGCUGACCUCAACUGUAUGAAGGAUCUCUACAGGAGGAGCGUGAGCUGGAAAUACUUGAUCAACCUCUGUGGCAUGGAUUUCCCCAUCAAGACCAACCAAGAAAUAGUGGAGAGUUUGAAAGCCCUCAAGGGUGAAAAUAGUUUAGAAACUGAAAAAAUGCCUUCAAACAAGGAGGUGCGGUGGAAGAAACAUCACGAAGUGGUUGAUGGCAAGUUAAAAAAUAUGGGAAUAGAUAAACAGCAUCCACCUCUCAAUACACCCAUUUUCUCUGGCAGUGCCUAUUUUGUUGUCAGCAGGAGGUUUGUGGAAUAUGUAUUAGAGAACAGAAAAAUUCUUGCUUUUAUGGAGUGGGCUAAAGACACGUACAGUCCUGAUGAAUUCUUAUGGGCAACAAUUCAGCGAAUCCCUGAGGUUCCUGGUGCAGUCCCUGCCAGUGACAAAUACGAUGUUUCUGAUAUGAAUGCAAUUGCCCGGUUUGUGAAGUGGCAUUACUUUGAGGGGGAUGUGUCCAAGGGUGCCCCUUAUCCCCCCUGUAAUGGAGUCCACGUCCGCUCUAUAUGUGUCUUUGGAGUUGGAGACUUGAGCUGGAUGUUACAGAAACAUCAUUUCUUUGCCAACAAGUUUGAUAAUGACAUUGACCCUUUUGCAGUUCAAUGUUUGGAGGAGCAUUUAAGAGACAAAAUGCUACAUCAGCGCAGACACUAACAUGCAGUGUUCUUUACAGUACAUGCCUUUGUUAUUUGAUUAAAAUGGCAAAAAAGAUACUGAGCAUACGAUACCCCCUUUUUGUUUUUUAAACAAGGCUUGGAGAGUGAUUAUCCAGCUGAUUAUGUCCCCUGAGCUUUCUUAAUUCUCUGCUUUUUUCUAAAAUAGUUUCAUAACAAAAAUUCUCUUGCAAAGGGCAAGAGGAUGUUAGGCAUGAAACAAGAUCCUCAGGUUUACAAAAUGAAAGACUUCUACUCUGUACACCUCUCAUCUGUAUCUUUUACAGAAUUCUAUUAGAAAUCCAAAUAAUCUUGAUCCUUAGAUUGUGUAACCACUAAGAUUAUUUUUCUUAGGGGAAGUUGGACAAUUUUGAGGACAGCCAAGACUAAGUAGUCAUCAUGGAAUAGGAUCUCACAUUAACAGAAAUUUAUCAAUUUAUGAAAAGGGAAUUUGAAGUAUAUUUUGUUUUUGUCUCUAUAGUCAAAUUACUGAAUUCUGUCCCUCUCCUUUUUAAACUGUACCAGCAAUAUAUACGCCAUAUAUACUUAAAAAGCAUACAGAAGAUGUUUUUCUAGGCAUAACUUUUAGGAUAGGCUAUAUUCUUCAGUUUUGUAGCUGUUCCUAGAGAAAUGUAGCAGAAGCUUGCCAGUUAAAAUAUUCUCAGGGAAAUAAAAUGUGUGCCUGUUUGUAUUAAUUUAAGACAACUUUAUGGCAUUUAUGUUUGCUGCUUGCCAUACCAUUUAUCACUUUUCCAUAAAGGGGGAACAAAACAAAUCAGCAGAAGAGUUAAUUAUUGAUAGUUCCUAUCAUUAUUUUUAUUCUACCUGCUACUAGAAAUGUUUGAAUCUUCCAAAUUGGAAAACCUUAUUCUUUUAAGUCUUGUUUUUAUGCUAACUGCAUCAGCUUUUCUCUUCAGAAGGAGUGGAGUUAACAUACUUCAGUUCUUAGUAAAUCUGAGCAGUAGCUGGGAUCCAGAACAAGGCAAGAUCCAGAGCAGGCAAAAUAAGUUCUUCCUUUUACAGCUGGAAUUCUCUUCCUUUUCUUGGUGCAGCUCCUGAUGCUGGCUUUGGAAAUAAUUUUUGGAGAUGGCAUGAGGUACAAAAUAGGAGUUCAGUUUCCUUCUGAACAUCCAAGCGUUCUAAAGUAAUCCAUAAUUAAAACUGCACUGGACAGAAUUCUAUCUGCCAGCUGCAAUCAAUUAUGUCAAAUGAUACGUCUAUACUUUUAGGUUUUUACAUGUUUUAUUUCUAAGGUAAUUUUAAAAAGAAGACAAAGUCUCCUUCAAGUUGACUUCCGUUCUUGUUGACUUCAUGAGGAAGUCCAUCAAGUUUUCUUGGACAGCAUUUAUAGAAGCAGUUUGCAGUGCUGAGGAUUGUGGGGUUUUGAUUAGGGUGGUGUUCUCUAUUUUUUGUUUUUUACAUCCCCAUGUAGCCUUACAGCCAGGUAGACAAGGUGGUAGACAAAGGUAAACAUGUUUUAAAAAGAGGACAAAAUCAUAUCUAGCCCAUGGAUCAACCAAGUAGGAUGAGCUAUGAUUUAGAAAUGUACCAACAGAUGAAUGAUAAAAAUAUUCAAUUUCUCAAAGUGCAGCUCCAGUUAUAUUACAUAAAUAAUAUGUGGGGGACAAAGUUUCUCAAGGAUUAUUUGCAAUAAGUUUGCCUACUGACUCUACUUUGGGCAUAAUGACCACCUUCCUCCUUUGAGCAUAGGAACUGCUCUCAUCUGAUCACAGGUAAAAUGAGUUUCUGUAGAUUUUCUCCCACAAUGUCUGUGAUUUUGCUUAAGUUACCCUUAUUAAAGAUUUUUGCUGCAGAUCACUGCAGUAUAAUCUGACAUUUUCUUCAUCUUUUUGUCUGUGGGCUCUCUUUUUCAAACUUCAUCUUUGCUAUUGGAUUAUAUUGGCCUUGCUCUCUCUUGAUUUAGCAUUUGCAGUAGCUGAUUAGAGGGGCUUAUGUUGAGAUGUCUGGCUUGGCAUGAUCCUAAAACAUUACUGAAAACCAUAGUUUAGCUAUGCACUUGGGCCAUGGCAAGAUAUAGCAAUGGCUCCUUACUUAGCUUUAAAAGGAUUAACAGAUUCAGCAAGACAUCAGUCAGGUUAUCUCACAAUACAGCUUGGAUUCAUUUAACAUGUACAUGAAUUGUGUGACACAUCUGAAAUGGUGUGUUCUUACAUUAUUCUAUUUCAGCUAAGAAUAAUGGAUGUCUUCUAAAAAUACCCAAGCCUAUGCAAUAAAUCAUUAUAUGUGAUAAUUUAUUUUAAUUUUGUAUGUUAUUUCAUACUACUGAAGGUCUCAUCUGAUUAUAAAUGAAUUGAUUUGUGUUAGCUACAUUGGCAUUCAGUUGACCAGUUCUAUGUUGUUAUGCUCAAAUACAGUUAUCAAAAUAUUUAAUAAAUAAUA